AUGGAGGUGGAUGCGACGGGUUCAGAACCAAAUGAACAGAAAUACUGUCAGCUAAAACCAAUGGCACGAACGACGCGACAAAAAAUCCAUCAGUCAACACUGGAUAAAAUGCUGCGCAAAAAUAAAAAUGAAACACUUGCCGCUGAUAAAAAGAUUUCUGCAAUGCCUCGUAUCGUAAUGACGCCGGAAAGCAGCUUCACUAUCGGUGGAGGUGACGAGCAAGAGCAUUAUGAAGUUGACAGGGGUCGAAUACAGAAUGAAAUUGAAGUUGCAAUGGUCAGCAAUGCACUGGUGCGAAAGUUUUCGAGUCGACGUCAGUCAGCUGUAUUGGUUAUGCUUGAUAACGACAAGCUUACAACUGAAGACAACGAACCAAAUCGUAAAAAUGUUUGUUUCUUGAAUUUUUGA